GGUCACAACGUGAGCACGUCUCGCGUUUAGUGUUCCUAAAAUACACCGACUCACGCGUCACUCGCAUAUAUAAAUUUACUGGACUAUUCAAGUUUCGUCAGGAAAUUAGACACCCAAACGGCCGUCUCGGUCCUUAGUGUGACUCCUGCGAACUUCGGCUGCUGUUACUCUCCAGUUCACGAUGGGAGUCAUAAAAGUGACCCCGGACACCGCGUCCCUCAUCUCCGCCUGUGAUAUGCUCGACGACAUGAAGAGCGAGUCGAGCUACACUUCGUCAGAAGAGGGCUGCGGUGCUGGAGAACGGCAUGCCGUUCUUAGUUAUGAACAAGUACGACGGCUGAAUGACGUCAUGGACGAAGUGGUAGCCAUCCACGGCCGUGGCAACUUUCCCACCUUGCACGUGCGGCUGAGAGAAUUGGUGGCAGGAGUGCGAGCACGUCUUGAAGCCUCCCAGACAACCGGCGGUGCUGGUAUCACUGUCCGCGACGUGAGACUAAACGGGGGAGCCGCAAGCCAUGUCCUUGCCGAUCGUCCUCAGCCAUAUUCGGAUAUUGACUUAAUCUUCACAGCGGAACUGCCCACUGCACGUCACUGCGAUCGUGUCAAGGCCGCUGUUCUGGGACAUCUCUCGACGCUACUCCCUCCGGCCACGCCACGUCGUCGCGCAUCCACCGCCGGUCUUAAGGAAGCUUACGUCUCAAAGAUGGUGCGCGUCAACUCGGACGGCGACCGUUGGUCUCUGAUCUCACUCGGAAACUCUCGUGGCCAUAAGUCCGUCGAGUUAAAAUUUGUAGAUACGAUGCGACGGCAGUUCGAGUUCUCUGUGGACUCGUUUCAGAUCGCUUUAGAUUCACUGUUGGCAUUCCACGAAUGCGCUCAGCUACCCAUCGGAGAAAAUUUCUACCCAACCGUAGUUGGAGAAUCAGUGUACGGUGACUUCAAUGAAGCACUAUUUCACCUGGCUGAGAAGCUGAUCGCGACACGGCAACCUGAAGAGAUCCGCGGCGGAGGCCUGUUGAAAUACUGCGCACUCCUUGCCAAGGGUUAUCGACCGGCGCGGCCAGAUAAAAUCAAGAUCCUCGAGCGCUAUAUGUGUUCGAGAUUCUUCAUCGACUUCCCAGAGCUAGGGCAGCAACGUGCGAAGCUCGAAGCUUAUCUACGGAAUCAUUUCGUCGGGCGAGAAGAGGAGGCCCUAAAGCACAGGUACCUGACGUUGCUGCACGCCGUGGUGCGGGAGUCGACGGUGUGCCUGAUGGGGCACGAGCGGCGGCAGACGCUGGCGCUGAUCGAGGCGCUGGCGUGCCGCGAGCUGUGCGCGCGCGCGCCGCUGCUGCUGCCGGCCGGGUACGUGGUGUGCGUGUGCGCGGCGUGCGCGGCGUGCGCGGCGUGCGCGGCGUGCGCGGCGUGCGCGGCGUGCGCGGGCGCGGCGCCGCCGUGCUGCGAGUGCUGCCGCCCGCAGCUGUGCCCCGCGUGACCCUGCUACGCCGAGGCGCCCCGCGCGGGAGGACUCACGUGAUUCUUACCCUCUUUAUCGAUCGACGAUGAAUUUAGUGCCAAAUGUAUAUAAUACGGAUAAAAAUUAUAUGUAUAUGUAUGACUUCCCCUUGUCCUAGCGAGUGUGAUUGUAUAUUGUCGUGUAACGAUUUCGCGCUUCGUAUUCUUGGCUGAUUUCCUAUUAUUACUGCAUACGAACGGGCCCGAGUGGACUUACGGUUUCUGUGGCGGUGGAAUCGGAUCGCGAAUUAGGAGACGAAUUACUCUCGGUCAAUUCCAAGUUGCUCACUUUACACCGAUCAAUUUCGCACGUCAAUUGUCACGAGGCGAGGUCGUCCGGACCUCUCGUCCUCGAUACGUCACCAGCGUUUUCCCGAUAUUCAGUAUCUGACAAAUAGAGCGAUCCGUAUUGAUGAACUGUAAAUACUAAUUGCACGUCUAUUAUGCCAAUUAAUAUAGGAACGAUAUCGUUAAUUAGAGUACGUAGCGGGUAGGUAGAGUAGUAAGGAUAUAUCAACAGGACGCAUGCGGCCGACGCCGGAGACGUGAGGUAAUUUCUAGUCGUACUCCUUUCGUGUUGAUGGCUUAAUAUGUUAGCAGUACGAAAAUUAUUUUCCACGCGAUGUGAAAGUCGUUAGAGUUAGUGAGUCCGAGUCGAUGGGUCUGCCUAUAAAAAAGACUAGUUAAUUAUUUUUAAGCUUUAUGUGUAUAAAAUUGAUUCCUUAAAAGUAGUGGCAUGUCUCUCAAAAACAAACUAGAAGAUCGAAUUGAAAGUGGUAAUGAUUUUAAUGGCUCACGCGGCCCGACCUGAAAAAGUAGAAUGGUGUCAACACUGAUAUGUCUUUGAGCAAUCAACAAUAUAAUUAAAAGGAACAAGUCCGGCCUUGUCCGAUGGCCUUUUAUAAUCGAGAAAUUCCGUUCUAUUUUUUUAAUUAACAAACGUGAUUGCUAUCUAAUAUUGCGAUUCAGAGAAGGAAUUAGGAACUGGAUUCGGAUUAGCGUGUCAUGCACGCGUUGCGAGCACGCGACCUAACAGUAUCCUUGCCAUGGGACAUAUGUAUUAAAGAACUAAACUAUUUUAAUAUAUAUUUAUUAAUCUAAAAGAAUGUAUAUAUACACUUCACUUUAUUGUGAUCGCUCUAGUAUUGUAUACGGCUUGGCAUGCGAAGUAACAAAUUAAGAUAAAAUAUAAAUAGAAAAAAUAAAAUAAAAAAAAAAAACAAAAAAAUAUAUAAUACUAAGGUGUGUACAAUAUUAAAGUUCACUCUUUUGUAAUAUUAAAAAUCCAAUAAAUAAAUAUUUUAAGAACAUUUACAACGUAGGAAGAAGUCAUUUUAGUAGCAGAGUACUUACCGACGCGUUUUUAUUAACUUCUCUUUUUCAAUUAAAUUUUAUAUAAAAACAUGUAGAUGUUAUGGAAAAUGUGAUUUAUUUGUUGUAGAUUUAACCUGUUGUCGAUGAGUAUAUACUACUUACAUUAUUACGUAGAUAAAUAUUAAUACAAUAGAAAGUUUUACUAUUAUUGUUGUACUUUAAUGAAGAUAUAGAAUUAUAUGAAAGAUGUGUAAACGGUGUCCGGCCAAUAUGUGCAUGAUUUAUAUAUUUUGCAAGUGCAUAUGUGCAAAUUAAAUAUUUAUAUAUAUAUACAAACAUAGUUGCAUGGAGUUCUUAAUAGGGCUUGGAUAAGAAAUUUGUAAUCUUUAUAGUAUAUCGAGUUACAUCCGAAGUAAUCAAGUACAACCCUCUUCUAGAUUAAUUAAUUAUUAUACUUCGGAACAAAUAUAACGAUUUUAUGAACGAAUUUCCAACUUGCUCACUAUCGAACCAAAAUUUGAGAUCUCAUUUCUAGUAGCUCCACAAAAUUGUGAACUUGACAACGUCUGAACGGCGAGUGUUAUAUUAACUCGUGUCAUUAUACUAUAGUCUUUGCAUAUGUCAUAUAUGACUUGGAGAUAAGAAUAUGAUACAAGUUGACCUGCUACGAUUCAUCCAUGAAAUUAAUUAUAUUUCUAUAUUCGCGGCUACUCUGUAUCUUUCUUCGAGUGGUGUUUAUCACUUACGUACAUUUUAUUGUCAAAGAUUAAAGGCUGUAAUAGAACUAUUAAAGACAAAAUUCAUUUGAAACAAUAAUCAUGGGUGAAACGUAUUGCAGAAUAGUCGAACAGCAGGCUGGCUUUGUCGCGCGAUCUAUUCGAAUAAAAAACAAUGUUAUAUACGAUAAAUUAAAAUUCAAAUUUCCUUGCAAAUUAUUUAUGUCUUUUGUCUCUUUCUUUUAAGCAGUUUUUUGUCGUGAGAAAAAGUGACAAAAGGCUAUUUAAAAUAGACGUAUACUCAAUACGUCUAUUAUAAAUAGUAAUGCCUUAACUGCGGAAUAAAACUUUAGUUAUUGUCUAAAUUGACAAAUUGCAACGUUAUACAAUUAAUUGAUCAAUUCAAUGCAAUUUCAAUUAGAUUCCGAUACGAUCGCGACGAGUCAUCCUGCAGUUUAGACCUAAAUUAGACGUAGUUCGCAGUCGUCUGUACUUAGAAAUAAAUGAAGUACAUAAUAUAGCUAACGGAAUCUAAACUAUAUUCCAUUUGUAAUAAGAGUGAAUGUAAGUUAAUUAUCACUAGUGUUACUCUCGCUAUAUCGAGACAGGCGUCUAAGUUGUGAUUUGUAGUCUUUUCGACAUAUAUUUUAAUGUCACUUUAUUGUCAUAAUUAUUGUAACUGUGAUUGUUAUAUAUAUUAUUAUAUAAUGUAGAUCAGCUGUCGACGUAAAUUGUUCAGAACUACCUCCUUGAGUGAAUUCGAUAUAAUUAUGUUGUGAAUUUCUAUUCUGGAAAAUAGCUCGCACAGUAAUACCUAUUACUUAUCAUAGACAACUCUAAGGCCUUCAAAACGAGAAUAUUAAUCAAUUUUAGAGGAUAUAUUGUAAAAAAUGCUUUUAUAUAUUCGUAUUGAACAUUGUUCGUCUGUUUAAAUGUUUACUUUGGGUCAAUUUCGAACACAAUAGGCCAAUUUCAUUGCUUUUCAAUAUAGCAAGAAACCAUUGUUAUUUUAUCUUGCCAGUUAAGUAAAUAGAUGAUGAAAUAUAACCAAACAAUAAACGUAGCUCUUCCAUAUAAAAAAGACGAAAUGCUCCCAAUAACGGUCUAAAUGUUUUCAAUUGAAAAUAUAUAUUUUGCAUAUUAUAAUACAAGAGAGACAUUGCAAUAUAUACAUAGUGUAGGAUUUUAUUUUUCUAAAGUUACCAUCAGUUUUCAGCUAGACUUAUUUUUAAUGUUUUCGUGUAAUCUAUUAUUUAAUAUACUGGUCUAUGGCGCUUGCGUGCUGUUUGGUGGUGAUUUAAGUAUUUUAAGUAUUGUAUAUUGUUAUGGCAGAACAAGUAUGAGUUAUGUAUGUUUUUUUUUUAAUUAUAAUCAGCGACACCACUUGUGUAAGAAGCACGUCACAAAAUUAAAUUGCAAUCUGUUAAUACAUCAGGAAAAGUACAAUCCAAUUAUUUCGAAGUGCAAAUUCGAACUUUUAAAAUAAAAUAAAUAAUAAAAAAAUUGUGUUAUUUAUAAAAUUAAUUAUUUAAACAAUAUAAUUAUGAUAUUAUUAAAAUUAUACUAUUUAAUACUUGGCACAUUUAUAUAAUGUAUUUUCUGACAUACAUGCUUGUGUUACAAAUGUAUAUUCCUCUCAUAUUGUCACGACGAUAAGAUAAAAUAAUAUAGAAGUCAACAUUUUAAUUUGCGCUAUUAACACGUAAUAAUUAAAUGAGUACAAUAAAAACUAUUUUAGAUAACACACCUCAUCAAAAUAAUAUAUUAGAUAUUUAAAUUGCUAAAUUGGUUUCCUGUUUCAAUUUUAAAAUCAUGAAACCAAUGAGUAAUGGAUGUUUUUCGCUACAUUUUAUAUUAUACUCUUAUCACAAUAUUUUGUUCACAAUAAUGAAGUAAUUAUAUGAGAGUGUUAAUUGUCAAUAAUAUGUUUUUAUUUACAAGACAAGAAAAUGUUGUAUUAUCAAUUUUCGUGAAGUUUUAAACUUUAAUAUAAAAUAAAUAUGUAUGUACGAAAAAACAGUUAUAAAAUAUUGUUAAAUAAAUUUAUCAAUAAAUAAAAUCCUUUCAAUUAUAAUUUUAUACUGGCAACUUUUACUAUAAAUUUAUAGGGCAACAUUGUAAUUAGAUUUGGUUGCAAAAUUGAUUAUCAGGCCAGCUAGUCUAUAUCUUGUUUGGUUUACUUCAUUAAAUCAGCAAGUAAUGUGGAAGUCCAAAUAGUAUUUUAUGUGAUUAAAUAAGAUUUCUAUGAGAUUAUGUAUUGUACGCAAGCGCCAAAAUUAAGCGUUGUGUCAGAAUUAAGACGUGAAUAUACAACAGUUGACUGACAUACAUCUCUAUAGAAAGUGUAUCUGAGUGUUAUAAAAAACUCGCAUUUAUUGACAAAAAAUUUCUAUAGUUUUACUUAACUAUAAUCUAUGUCUUUCUCUUCAACUAUAUCGGAAUCGUAAAGCAUCCAGUAUUUUCACUAAUCAUAUUAGAGAAAAUACUAUAUACAACUGUAUUUGCUUAUAUUUCUGUAAUUAUUUAUUUGUACAAUACGCCUCGGUUUAUUAUGUACAGAUAACCUAUUUUUAUCAGUAAAAUAUGUGACCACAUUGGCGCGCGUAGGUGUCAACAGGCCCGUGUCGCCAUUUGCAACAAAAAAAUUUUUGUAAUAAACUGUGCAACCAAUUUGUUUUUACAUUAUAUUUCAGUAGUGCAGGUGCUUGCAUAGAUUUAUUUUAGAUUGCAUCUCAUAAGGGCCAUGCCAACUCUUAAAACCUAAGAAUAAGAAUUAUUCUUAAUUUAAAUUGUAGUGUUAAUUUACUCAAAUUUUAAUAAAUGACAAUUGAAAAUUUAAAAA